CUAGCCUACUUCCGGUGCUGGAUGCGGAAGAAACAGAAAAUUGUAAACAAAAACAAAGUGUUAGACAGCUGCCGUCUGAGCCAUGACUUAAUAAUCAUUCGGCUGUGUACUUCAUUAUGCUCUUUAUUAAAUGGACAUUCUGCGUUACUGACUCCAUUCUUCUAAAUGGGGGAAUAAGUUGAAGGUCACACACCAGUGAUUCUCCUCUCAGGAUGAGGAUCUCACCAAAAGAUGCUUUCACCAGACUCCACAGGACUGUUUUGUGAAGCAUUGCUGACUUAAAUCUUAUCUAAACAUGUCUAAUAACUACGAUUUCUUCUCAGAAGAAAACAGACCAAAAUGGAAGUCAAUAUUUCUUGGGGCUUUGAAUUUGGUUCACAAGCAGGUGCAUCCUUCCCUUCAAGCUCAAACAGAUGCACUUGAGUACAUUGAAGACCUAAUCAUCCAGCUCCUAGCCACCUUGUGUGCUUCUGAGCCGCAUAUUGUACAGGAUGUUGAAGAUCGUGUUCGAAAAACAUACCCCGACCCAAUCGACAAGUGGGCCGUCCGGGAUGCAGAUAGGGCUAUCAAGAACUUCGAUAGCCGAAACAAGAAACAAUCAACUCUUGUUUUACCUGUGGACAAGAUCCACCCUCUUCUAGUCAAGGAGGUGCUUGGGUACCGGAUAGAUUACACUGUCACUGUGUACAUAGUGGCAGUACUGGAAUACAUCGCUGCAGAUAUUCUCAAGUUGACAGGCAACUAUGUGAAGAAUAUCAAGCAUUCUGAAAUCACGCAGCAGGAUAUAAAAGUUGCAAUAUGUGCAGAUCAGGUGCUGAUGGACAUGUUUUCUCAAGAGGAGACUGAGGUUUCCCUGCCGCUGGUAGACGAGCCCACACGACGAGAGUCAUUGACGUAUGAGGACAUUGUAAAGGACUUUAUCCUGGAAGAGAACCAGUACUUGCACGACCUGAACAUGAUCAUAAAGGUGUUUCGGGCUCCAUUUGCUAGGCACUUUCCCAACAGCAAGGACCUGGAAAAUAUAUUCUCAAACAUCCUGGAUAUCUACCAGUUCACUGCGAAGCUACUCUCCUCCGUAGAAGAGCAGAUGGAGGUCGCUGCUGAAAACGAGACCCCACAGGUCGGCAUAUGCUUUCAAGACCUUGCCGAGGGUGAGGAGUUUGGGGUGUACAAGAAGUAUGUUAAUGAUGUGAUGACCCCCAAUGGCAAGGAUCGGCUCAACACCCUCCUACAGAGAAGGGACAUCAGUGAAACUCUCAUGGGUUAUGGGUGUGGCUUCAAGGAUUCCAUGAAGUAUGUGUUACCAAAGCUGCUACUAGGGCCAAUAUACCACUGCCUACAUUACUUUGAAGUUAUUAAAGCAUUGACAGCAAACAGCCCUAACGAUGAGGACGGGGAGUGUUUGGAGCAGGCCAGUGGGCUCCUGUCCACUCUCAAAUAUUUGCUUGAGAACAUCUUCGCUGGAAACCUUGCCAAGAAAAAACCCUGGGAGACAACAUUACGUAUGCAGGGUCGGACUGGAAGGCAGGCCGUAGUUCAGAAGAUGUCGGAGCUGCAAAAGAGCAUCGACGGCUGGGAGGGACGAGACAUAUGGCAAUCUUGUAGCGAGUUCAUACUCGACGGUGUGUUGAUGAAGCACACAAAGGGGAAGAACACAGAGCGCCAUGUGUUCCUGUUCGACGCACUGAUCGUGCUGUGUAAGCAGAACCUGCGCCGGGCGUCCGUGUCUGGGCCGCAGGGGGAGUACAAGCUGAAGGAGAAGUUUCAAAUACGCAAGAUGGAGGUCCGUGACAAGGAAGACUGUGAUGAGUACAAGAAUGCAUUUGAACUGCAAGGUCGAGACCACAGUGUGCAUGUGAUGCUUGUAGCAAAGACGCCAGAGGAAAAGAGCAACUGGAUGGCCGCACUCAUCUCGCUGCAGACCAAGUCCAUGCUCGAACGGCAGCUGGAUGCCAUCCUCCGUGAGGAGGAGCAGAUGACUCCGCUCAAACUCCCUGACGCCAGCGAAUACAGGUUUGCAAUAGAGGACUCUGAAAACAACAUAGUAUUUGAGGACACCCCUGCUGGCCCGGGGGAGAGUCCUCUCAUCAAGGGCGGGACCCUUCUCAAGUUGGUAGAGCGCCUCACCUAUCACAUGUAUGCUGACCCCAAGUUUGUACGAACCUUCCUCACAACAUACCGCUCCUUCUGCAGUCCACAACAACUCCUAGACCUUCUUAUUGAAAGGUUUGAGAUCCCCGACAUGCCAGACCAGGAAACAGAUGCAAACGUCAUCGAGGACAACAGCGAGAACCUACAGCUCCGUGAUGACCUCAAACGUUUCCGGAAGGAGUAUGUGAAACCCGUCCAGUUCAGAGUGGUGAAUGUGCUGCGUCACUGGGUGAACGACCAUUUCUAUGACUUUGAACGCGAUGUGGGCCUGCUUGAGAAACUGAAGAGUUUCCUCGACACAGUGAAGGGCAAGGCCAUGAAGAAGAUGGCCGACUCCAUCCUCAAGGUCAUCAACAGAAGGACUGAGCAGCCAAACACGGAGCGAGAGUUUACAUACCAGAAGCAGCCCCCUCCCAUAGAGUGGCACCUGGUGAAUAGCAAGGAGAAGUUUGACCUCCUUACACUGCAUCCUAUAGAGAUAGCACGACAGGUGACACUGCUGGAGUUUGAUCUGUACCGGGCUGUUAAACCAUCAGAGCUUGUGGGCAGCGUGUGGACGAAGAAGGAGAAAAGUAAAACCUCCCCCAACCUCCUCAAGAUGAUUGAGUUCACUAAUAAUUUUACGUACUGGUUGGAGAAGUGUAUAGUAGAGGCAGAGAACCUGGAGGAGCGUGUUGCCAUGGUGAGCCGGUGCAUAGAGGUCAUGAUUGUCUUCCACGAGCUCAACAACUUUAAUGGCGUUCUCGAGGUCGUAAGCGCCCUCAACUCUGCCUCUGUACACAGACUGGAACACACAUUCAGUGAAGUGAACCACCGUCUAGUGAAGGCGAUGAAUGACAACAAGGAGCUGAACUCGGAUCACUUCAAGAAGUACAUUGAGAAACUGCGGUCCAUCAACCCACCGUGUGUGCCCUUCCUCGGCAUGUACCUGACAAACAUCUUGAAGACAGAGGAGGGAAACCCAGACUUCCUGAAGCGGAACCAGGAAGGCCUGGUCAACUUCAGCAAGCGGCGCAAGGUGGCAGAGAUCACGGGAGAAAUACAGCAAUACCAGAACCAGCCAUACUGUCUUACUGUUGAACCAAGCAUCCGGGAUUUCAUUGAGAAUCUGGAGCCCCUUGGGGAGAAUGAUGAGAAGUGGUUUAACGAGUACCUGUACGGUCGCUCUCUCGAAAUAGAGCCGCGAGGGUGUCGCCAGGUGCCCAAAUUUCCCAAAAAGUACAACUAUUCCUUAAAGUCACCAGGAAUUCGUCCCCAGGCACGUGAUCGCCACAAUGCCACUCGCGGCCACACAUUUUCCUUCACCCCAUUUGGUGGGGGGUACCAGCGGAUCGAGGAGGACCAAGAGUCCCAAUCAUCCCCGCAGUGUUUGACCCCGCCCACCCCUACCACACCCAUUAGCCCUGGAGCAGUCUCCAUAGCAACCACAGUGGGAGGGGAUAAUGGGGUGUUUGCUAAUGUAACCGUAGGGCAGGGGUCUAGUUCCACAGUUACUGUUAGUCAAGCAAAUGUGCCAACUGCUGAGCUUGUUUCCCUGGCAACAGACUCUGAGCUGCAGUUGCAGCCCCCUCCCCUGCCCCCACGCAGGCGGACAACUGCUAGUAGUAGAGACUCUGUAUCGAGCAUUGCUAGUAGUGAUCAUGUGUUCAUGCGGUCGUUUUCCCCCGAGCCCCCGGAGGUUCCGCCCCGUGCGGACCACGAUCAGCCGCCACCCGUCCCACCCCGGCGCGAUUCCAUGUACAAUACAAACUCCUUAAGUCGUAGUCAUAGCCAUAGUCAAGUUCCGGCUGCCCCCGUGACUCAGCCGCGUACGCCCACGUUAGUGUCACAGACUGUGUAUUCACGCUCGUCGACAGCCUCAAUACCUCCUAUACAGGCCCGCACUCAAAGUGCGGCACAGUUGACAUCCGGCUAUGGAGGGCAGAUUCAUAGUGCUACAUUACCACGCUACUUUGGAGGAAGAGACUCUCGCAACAGUGAUAAUAAUGAAAACAUUUUUAAUUUCAACGGAGAGAACAGUGAUAUUCCAGCUUUACCGCCAAAAACAUACCGCCAGCAUGCGCGCAAACAGAGUAGCUAAUUAAUAUUGAAGCUUCUACUUGUUUUGGUCAUUCUGUGAAGUUUUGCUAGUGCUGCAUCACAAUGUAAUUGAGUCACUAUUGUGUAAAACACCAUAGAUGGUGUUGAUCUGUCGUAGGGACUUCACAGCAUUAUUUGAAUGAGGAUAUCAGGACCAGUUCUUGACUGCAUGUACCUACAAUGUACCUGCAUGUACCUACUAUGUAUUUUAGUUCAGUCUUGAGAAAUUGUAUUUCCAGUAUGCCAAAGAUUUUUUUUCUCAAAAUUUUAAGUCAUGAAGGAAUUGUUUUAUUGAUAAGUUUGAAAUUAAAUUGAGCAAUGAAAUCAACCUUGAAAAAUGAAUUUCACUUUAUAUCAGGUUAUAUCAAAUUAUGAUUAAAGAGUUGAGUGUAACAUGCACAUGUUGAAACCCAGUAAUGCUUUAAAGUUUCACAUCAAAGGCAUUUACAGAAAGUUACACAAAAAGCAUGGACGGACAGUUGAUAGUACAGUGUACAUGUAUGUUUUUUUCAAAGUGUGGCUACAAUAUUGCUUGCCUUCAUGAUGAUGCAAAUUAUUUUUGUCUAAUUACAAUGGAAAAGCUGACAAAAUCAUUAUUGGUUGUGGUGUGCUAUCCACGCAUGUUAUACAUGUUGGAAAUGCUGAAUCCAAGCGCAAUAACAAAUCAAUGGUUUCCAGAAAAGUCAAAAUUGACAGAUGUAUACAUGUAGUUAACAUCAUUAAGUUUCUUGGGAAAUCCCACUGCAUGUAUAGUUUGCAAAUACCGAGUAGGGCCAUCAGCAACAAGCAUAUGGGAAAAUAUUGUAAGAUCAAGAUAAACAUUUAAAUAUUUAUGAUAUAUGAAAAAUCACACAAACAUGAUAUGUUUUUUUAAAACUUUAAUAUCUAAAUGUUUUGGAGUAAGGCCUUCAUCAGAUUAUAAAAAAAACUAUUAUUAAAGAAAACACAAAUAAUUGGUUUUAAUUAUACUAGUGUCAAAAAUCAGACAGUUAUACCUGUUACUUGAACAAUUGAAUUAAUUUUUCCUCAUCUGACGAGUAAAGUUCAUAGUUGUGAAAAAGAUAUAUUAAUACUACUCAGAAGUACUAAUUUAAAAAAGCCAUUGUAGGAUACGUUGAUUGGUUAAGAUAGCAAGUACUUCAUGAGACUUCAGCUUCAGGUGCCACAAUUGUUAUCUUUGUUUGUCUCGCAUACAUUUAGAAUUGUUCAUGUAUUAAGAAAGUAAUAUUCAAUCAAAUUUGGCGAUUUUUAAAAAAUUUGAUCUUUCAACUUUCAUGGUAAUAAAGUUUGAUAACAUUCUUUGAUUUUUUUAGCGAACACAUAAUGGAUGAAUUGAAGUAAAUAUGAAAAAUUAAGAUUUCCCGAAUGCAUUUCUAUCUUAGUUCUACAGUCAGUACCAUACAAGUUUUUGAGCACAAGCCAUUUUGGCUUUUGAUAUAAUCAAAUUCACAUACCCAGCAUCAUAAAAGGCACAAACCCAUCAGGCUUAUAGUACUGGAAGUUCUGCAUGUCCACAAGUGAUCUUCCCAGAUGUGGUUUUGGCUGGUGCAUCAGCUGUGUGUGAAAUCAACAAUAGAUUGAGUCGUUCAAAUCUGGAUUAACUUUGCACUUAAGUUUAACAUGGUUCUGAUAUAGGCAAACAUAUAUGAAGCACUUGGAUUUCUGUCAAAAUGGUGAUACUAGACAUACAUUUGACUUUUACAUCACAAACACAAUUGGCAAGAAAUGGAAGUUUAAGUAAGUUUGCCACAGAGUUGCGAAAGGUGACUGUGUUAGGUUCUGUAAGUACACAGAAAUGUGCUCUUCAUUCUUUGUUAUGUUUUAAAUGUCUGUACAUCUGUUCUAUUCAGAGAAAUACAAUAAAGAUCAUGAGCAAAUUUGA